AACAGUUCCGUCAUCAUCUGCUGGAUGAACAAGUGGAGAAAUCAUGAAUCAGUGAAGGCCAUUUCUCUUUAACUACGAUUUUCCACAGUAUUUUCGUUGGAUUAGUUAAUUUUUUUUUAACCAUCACAAAAACUGACCCGUCACCCUUUCCAGUUUCGUGGCUUUAAGUCUUGACAGUCUCGGAUAAACUUGUACUUGUUUGUAAAAGAUGGCUGACAACGGAGCACACCCGGCGGAGGAGGACCCGGCCGCGGCUUUCCUGGCCCAGCAGGAGAGCGAGAUCGCGGGGAUCGAGAACGACGGCGAGGGGGCCGGGGCUGCGGAGGAGGCGGCGGGUCUGCAGGCGUCUCCCACCCCGCUGAGCGGCUCCGAUGGAUUUGACGAGGAGCCGGCCACAGUGAAUGGAGAUAUAUAUCAGGAGUCCAACGGCCCAACAGACAGCUAUGCAGCCAUCGCCCAGGUGGAUAUUCAGAGGCAAGAGCCGGAAAGUUUGCGCAAGUGGAGGGAAGAGCAAAAGGGACGCCUUGAAGCUUUAGACUCAGCUUCCAAGGCGGCUGAGGCAGAGUGGAGGGAGAAAGCCAAGAAGGAGCUGGAGGACUGGCACGUACACCAGAAUGAGCAGAUGGAGAAGAACAAGGUCAACAACAGACAGUAUCCAAGUCUGGCACGGGUUGCUGACAAGGCUUUCUACAAACAGCCCAACUCUGAUGUUAUAGGCUUUGUAGCAUCAGAAGAGGCUUUCCUUGCAGAGACCGAUGGCGACAGCCCGGGAUCUGAGUGGGAGCGAGUAGCUCGUCUCUGUGACUUCAAUCCAAAAACCAACAAGCAAGCAAAAGACGUUUCUCGAAUGCGCUCUGUCCUCAUCUCUCUCAAACAGACCCCUCUAGUUCGCUAGUCGACGCGGUGGGGAAAUUUUCUUCUAGUUAAAAUUGCCUUUUUGAGUUUUAACCUCACAUUGCAUCAGAGUAAUUUGUAUACCAUUUUCCAUAAACUUCCUUGUAUGUUUAUAACCCUUAAAAAAAAACAAAAAAACUUCUUGCCUUUCUUGUUGCCUAUUAUAUUCAUAUGAUAUAAUCAACCUGACGCUCCUGAGAGAAGAUGGACUGCUCUGUUGUUGCAACAUCCUUUAGCUGCUCAGCUUUUUCACUAUUAUACAGAAGAAAAUAUUGUGACUGCUCUUCCCCCUUUAACUUAUAAAUUAUUAGGUCAACUUUAUUGCAUGUUACUGAUAUUGGUUUGGAUGCCCAGUUUUUUUUUUUUUUUUAGAAAUGAACGUUUUGAUCAGAUGUUUACUAAUUAAGGAUGACACUGUAACCACUUAUGCCUCUCAUCAGCGCAGAGUCAUAAUCACACUUUGUUCACUUUUGUUGCAUUCACCACAUUUAAGGUAGCUAAUACGUUUAUUUUUCACAAACAUGAGCUUGUGGCCUUUCUAAUUCAGCCCUUACUCCACUUCCAGCAUUAAGACAGGUGGUUUUAUCUUCAUUUUGGCACAAAUUUGGGGGGGGAAUUCUGCCUUUUAAAUUUGUUUUAACCAUGAUUUAUUCCUGUUUUCUAUUCACUGACUGUUUUAUGAUAAAUUUAUGCGCAUCAGUUGUGUUACACAUAUGCUUUUUUUUUUUUUUUUAAACACAGUUGAGUGUCAGUUUUAGCAGCAAUAUCUGCACACUGCUUCACAUGUUGCCUAUUUGGACACAAUGAUGUUAAAACAGUGAAUGUUUAAAAGGGAACUGGGAAAUAAAAUAAAAACCAUGGAGCACCUCAA